AUGUCUACAUUAAUGGCGGAAGCGAGUCGCUUCUUUACCACAAGAACAAGUCGACCUCAAUUGAAAUUAGGGUUUCUCUGCAACUCACUGAAUUCGAAAACUCGUCUUUCAUUUCCAACAAUGGCUUGCGUAGAGACGAAGAUCAACAGUCCCGAAGUCAAGGAGCCGUUGGCUAAACUCCAAAAGCUCGACCGAAACGGAAUCCAUGGCGAUUCUGCGCCUUUCUUCAAAGUGAAGAAACUCUCUGAGAAAGCUGUUUUGCCUACAAGAGGUUCGUCUCUCUCUGCUGGUUACGAUCUCUCUAGUGCGGUUGAUUCGAAAGUUCCGGCGAGAGGCAAGGCUCUUAUCCCGACAGAUCUCAGCAUCGCUGUCCCUGAAGGAACCUACGCGAGAAUCGCACCGAGAUCUGGUCUCGCCUGGAAACACUCGAUCGAUGUCGGAGCAGGAGUAAUCGACGCUGAUUACAGAGGACCGGUUGGUGUGAUUUUGUUCAAUCAUUCGGAUGUUAAUUUCGAGGUCAAGUUGGGAGAUCGAAUCGCGCAGCUGAUUAUCGAGAAGAUCGUGACGCCUGAAGUCAUUGAGGUUGAGGAUUUGGACUCUACUGUUCGUGGUGAAGGAGGUUUCGGAUCUACUGGUGUCUGA